AUGCUGCCUCGGCGUGAGAUCUUAAUCCCGAAGCUUCCUUAUGGAAAUAUGCUUGUAGUAUAUGUAGAAAGAGCAAGUGUGGAAAUGGUAUUGGGUGGUGAAGGUGAAGUUGAAGUGAAAUCCUCCUUCUACAUGAAAAUGACUAUAAUUUGGGAAGUCAUCACUUCCAGAGUUUUUCUUAUGUACAUAUGUAAUGGGCUGGUGGAUUUUGAUGGACUAAUCCUUAUUUAUAAAGUGGAUCUGGGGGUCACCCCUUUUGGGGAAGGGGAUCUUCUAGCUAUUGAUCCUUCCCAAGCGGUCUCUAAGGAGCCUAGCAUUCUUCCUUCUAUGCCUUCAGUAAUUUUGGGGGUAGCCCCUUCUAUUCCUCCAAGGCUGACUUCAACUCUUACUGCGAUUCAUGAGAGUUCUCUUAUGUCCAAUGCUUCUCUGAUUGCCACCAAGAUAUUGAACAUUAUAUCUCGGGCAGACAUACUCAAGUUUGCAACAUUCAGUGCUAAUGAUGAGGUCGCAGAUGAUCUUCAAUAUCUUGCUACUAUAUGA